CCCCCACCCACCCACCACCAGCCCCCAAUGCGGGCAGCUACAAGCCGCUCCCGGCCACUUCAACUCUCUCCCUCUGCUCAAGGAAGAGGAACCAAAAAAGGCGUUUGUUCAACAACAAAAAAAAAAUACCUCAAAGGAUUGACCAGCAUCCGAGAUUUGUAACUCGCCCAGUAUUUGUGAUUUAUGUGCUGUGCAGCCCCCCCCACAGUUAAAAUAGAGGCAAACAGCUGGAGCGAGGGCACAAGCCCUGACCACAACUCUGAGACAAUGAGUGACUCGAUCGAGAAGAAUAUGGACAAUGACGCAGAGGGAGUGUGGAGUCCUGACAUCGAGCAGAGCUUCCAGGAAGCAUUGGCCAUCUACCCACCAUGUGGCAGGCGUAAAAUUAUCCUAUCGGAUGAAGGAAAAAUGUACGGACGCAAUGAGUUAAUCGCUCGGUAUAUUAAACUGAGGACAGGGAAAACACGGACACGUAAACAGGUAUCGAGUCACAUUCAGGUACUUGCUCGUAGGAGAUCGCGUGAGAUUCACAGCAAGUUAAAGGAUCAGUCAGCAAAGGACAAAGCACUUGCCAGUAUGGCGGCCAUGUCAUCAGCACAGAUCGUAUCAGCGACUGCAAUUCAAAACAAACUGGGCAUGUCAAAUAUAUCUCGUCCUUUUCCUGUGACAUCAGGGACUCCCGAGUUCUUUCAGUUUUGGCCAGGUGCUGUAACUUCGGAGGAAGCAAGCUCCUCACAAGAUGUGAAACCUUUCAUCCAACAAUCAUUUGCUGUUCAGCCAAGUGUAGGCCUUGCUCCAGUCUUGGGGUAUGAUGCUGCUUCCAUUGGCCUCUCGCCAGCCAGUUCCCAUCCAGCCUGGCAGGGUCGCUGCAUUGGAACUCCAAAGAUCAGGCUUGUGGAAUUCUCAGCUUUCAUGGAACAACAAAGGGAUCCAGAAAGCUACAAUAAACAUCUCUUUGUCCACAUCGGCCAGUCCAGCCCAUCCUACAAUGAGGCGCUACUCGAAUCAGUCGACAUUCGCCAAAUCUAUGAUAAGUUUCCAGAGAAGAAAGGGGGACUGAAGGAGCUGUUUGAGAAAGGACCAUCUAACACUUUCUUCCUUGUAAAAUUCUGGGCUGAUCUCAGCAUUAAUAUCCAAGAUGAAGCAGGCAUGUUCUAUGGAGUCACCAGCCAGUAUGAAAGCACUGAGAAUAUGACCAUCACCUGCUCCUCUAAGGUCUGCUCUUUUGGAAAACAGGUCGUAGAAAAAGUUGAGACAGAAUAUGCCCGAUUUGAGAAUGGCCGCUUUCUGUACCGAAUCCAUCGAUCUCCAAUGUGUGAAUACCUGAUAAACUUUAUCCACAAAUUAAAGCAACUCCCGGAGAAGUACAUGAUGAAUAGUGUCUUGGAGAAUUUCACCAUUCUGCAGGUGGUAACCAACAGAGACACACAAGAACUGCUCUUGUGUGUUGCAUAUGUCUUUGAAGUCUCAACCAGUGAACAUGGAGCUCAACAUCACAUCUAUAGGCUCGUGAAGGACUAGAUCAAAGCCUUGCUCUUAAAUUUGGACGUUACCAUCUAGGAGGAGAGUCUGGAUCGGUUUGUGGUGCUAACUUUUCCCAAUGCACCAUUCUGAAAUUUCACUCGCUACAAACCCAACCAGGCCUCUUCAAUGAGGCUAGAUUUCUGUAUGACACAAAAAAAAUCUAGAGGCCGGGUUUGCAAUGACAGCGACUGUAUCAAGGUUCUCUCGAAGGUUGCCCAAUGCUUCAGUGAAAAUGACAACAUGUUUGCCUUUAACCAAAUCAUAAUCUUAAUUUAACUGGGUUGAGGGAGGAGCCCAGGAGCUGCGUAUUUGUAUUACACCUCAAGGUCACUCAGGUCGUUCAGCAUUUGUUAUUGGUAAACGUUCCCUUUUAUCUUCAUUGCUGAUUAGAAAUGAUAUCACCAAGUUAAAACAAACUUUGAGAUAAAAUUGAAAGAGAGAAUUACUGAGCCUACUGAUGCAAAAGAUUAAGUAGUCAUUCAUCCCUUUGAAAUGGCUAAAGUGUGUGUGGCCCUGACUUAUCCACACUCACAUGCUGGUGUGGAAACGGUAAAUAAAUCAUCUGAAAGUGAUCUUUC